AUGAGUGGCAGUUGUGGAAUCGUGAACCCUUAUACGUUCAAAAACAAGAGAGCUGCCAAAGGAGAAGCGUAUGAGCCAACUCAUCACGAGCACUAUGCUAACACCCUUUCACAUGCUAUAGGAGUACUGCCUUCCAUUCUUAUAUUCUCUCAUAUGAUAACUUCUACUCACAAUUCUAUGCAAUUUUAUUUAAUGCUUGUUUAUGGGAUAUUCACAACUUUACUUUUCUGUUCGUCUACCUGUUAUCACUUCUGUGAACUUUGUUACAGAGAGAAAAGAGAGCAACCAACGCUGAGAUUUUAUUUGCACAUUUGUGAUAGAGCUGCUAUUUAUCUGUUCAUUGCAGCUUCAUAUACACCAUGGCUUUUCCUCAGGGAGUAUGAUUGUUACGGUCUAAAUAUGAAGUACCUUGUUUGGGUUUUCGCCCUUUUAGGAAUUCUGUAUCAAUAUAAUUUUCAUGAGCGUUAUAAAACUUUGGAAAUAGUUAUAUAUAUAACUAUUGCUGCAGGACCUUCGAUUGCUAUUUUCAACAUGAAAGAUCAAAGCGGAUUGGAUAUCAUGCUCUUCGGAGGUAUCAUCUACUUGGCUGGAGUUAUUUUUUUCAAAAUGGAUGGAAUUAUACCAUUUGCUCAUGCCAUUUGGCAUGUUUUCGUUCUCGCUGGUUCAAGCUGUCAUACGUAUGCCGUGUACUCAACCCUACUAAAACCAGAUAUUGGAACUAGUAACGAAAAUAAUGUGGAUAGUUCUAGUUUGUAUUCCCGAGUGGAUUUAUAA